UUUCAAGAUGGAUUCUCUUAUUGCAGCAAACUCCAAAUUUAGCUUUGAUCUUUUUCAAGAGAUAAGCAAAAAUGAUGGUGCUAAGAACAUCUUCUUCUGUCCUCUGAGCCUCUCAGCUGCCCUUGGCAUGGUCCGUCUGGGGGCCAGAAAUGACAGUGCACAGCAGAUAGACCGGGUACUCCAUUUCGAUGAACUUUCCCAGGAGAAAACCAAAGCACUGGAUCCCUGUCUGAAAUACAAAGAGCAGAAGGUGCUGGCUGACAGCCCUCUGGAAGGGCAGAAAGGAGUGACCAAGCCUUCAACCCCACAGGUGGAGUCUUCAAAGGAUGAGAAUGAACUUCUCAGUUGCUACUUUGGGCAGCUUCUCUCCAAACUAGAUAGGAUCAAAUCUGAUUACACCCUGAGUAUUGCUAACAGGCUUUAUGGAGAGCAGGAAUUUCCAAUCUGUCAGGAGUACUUAGAUGGUGUGAUUCAAUUUUAUCACACAACGAUCGAAAGUGUUGACUUCCGGAAAGACACUGAAAAGUCCAGACAAAAGAUUAACUUCUGGGUUGAAUCUCAAUCCCAAGCCAAGCACAGGAAUGAGAAGAAGACUGUGAGGAUGAUGAAUCAAAAGGGUACGUUUAAAAUGGGCUUCAUAGAGGAGGUGAAUGCACAGAUCCUUGAAAUGCCGUACACCAAGGGCAAGCUCAGCAUGUUCGUCCUCCUGCCGUCUUGCUCUGAAGAUAACCUGAAGGGCCUACAGGAGCUUGAAAGGAACAUCACUUAUGAAAAAAUAGUGGCCUGGACCAGUUCAGAAAAUAUGUCAGAAAAAAGAGUAGCUGUCUCCUUUCCCCAGUUCACCCUGGAAGACAGCUAUGAGCUCAACUCUAUUCUCCAAGACAUGGGCAUCACGGAUGUCUUUGAUGAAAAGAAGGCUGAUCUUACUGGGAUCUCUCUACAUCCCAGUUUGUACCUGUCGAAAGUUGUCCAUAAAACCUUUGUGGAGGUGGAUGAAAAUGGCACCCAGGCUGUCGGAGCCAGUGGGGCUGUGGGCAGCGUAAUGUCUGCACCAUCCUGGGAGACCUUUAAUGCUGAUCACCCUUUUCUCUUUUUCAUCAGACACAACAAAAACCAAACCAUUUUCUUCUAUGGCAGGUUCUGCUCUCCUUGAAAGGGGCACAGUGUCUAGUACCUGGGAGCUGGAAGAAAAUGACAAUGUAAUCUUCCCAUAGCAUAAUGAGGGCAUUUUUUGCUAAUAUCUAAAGCUGAUGGAAUUUCAUCACAGUGUCCUGCUCCCUUCUUCCAGCUUUUGGCCUGGGUGUGUCCUGCUCUUUUUCUCAACCUGUAGUUGACUUUCAUCUAAAUCCCUUAGUAUUGAAGAACCCUUGCUCCCUCUUUCACCUCUCACCACCCUGAGCUCUCAAGCAUAUAAAAAAAAUUCACCCUCUGGACCUGAAGGUCAACAUCAUUGAGAAUGAUAUUGACUUUAAGUUACCUACCUCCUUUUGAGGGAAUCGUGGAAGUUCAAAUCAUUAGACCACUUCUAGGAAAUGGCAAACUCAGAAACCACUUUAACAUGGGUGACAAGAGAAAAUAUUUAAAUGGAAUGUAUUUUGGAAACUCAGCUUUGUUUCUAUGGCAGUUAAAAUUUUGGUGCACUGGGCAAGAUGCAUCUUCCUCUUCCUCUUCCAUACUGUCUUCCUCUUGCCCAAAGAUGUCCUGUAAGAGGCUUCUCACUUAGGAGGAAGGAGGGCUUGGGGGUGGAUUUCAGUGAGAGCUCAAAGUUAUAAAAGUAUAUCAACCAGCAUUCAUUUUGCACAGAGAAUUUGUCUUGUGAAUUUAACAUUGACUCAGGAGAGUGGCAAGUGAAUUUAAAAGAGAUUAGUCUUAGUUUUCCUCAUUGAGUCUCUGAGGCUAUCAUCAUGAAGCACUGCUCUCGGUCUCUUCUGUACCCUCUUCCCUUACUUAGAGCAUUUUUCUAAUUACCCAUCAUGAGGUGGGGGAGGAAGCACUUUUCACUGUGGAAAGUAGGGGUCCUCAUCCCCCUCUCUGUACUCUGCUCACAUGAACCUAUUUGUCCACCCAAAGGUCUCAGGCCUGGGCCUGGGCAUGAUGCAUGUGAAAUCUCUUGUCAGGAAGGCCACUGGCUCCAUAGCCAGCUCCAAUCUACUGAAAGCCUGAUGCCUGAGUGUUCGACUACAGGACCCGGGACCUUUGUUCUCUGAUGAGUCAGUUUGAGUUCUUGAUCUCUGCCUUAGCUGAAUGCUCUGGAAUGACCCUGACAUGCCUCAGUCUUGGUGAACUUCUGGCCUCACUUCCCUGCCCUGCCUUAUAUCCAUCUUCUUCCCAGUUGCCACCGUGUUGGUUACGUGUGGUGGUAGCAGGUUUUGCAGGUAAAGGUAGGUUAACUUCACAUGCUUUCAUGCUGCCCCACCCACCCAAAUUUUCUUCCACACUGGCAAUUUCUUCGUGCUGUGAGAGUCAAGUUCUAUGUUCUUCAUGCAGGCUGCAGAUAAUCACAGUUUGUUUAUGGCAUUAAACAUCUUCUCAUUGGGAAUAUGAGACAGUUUGAGGCAGCUCUUGCAAGUCCUUUAUCCAUAAUUCACAUCCCAUGGAUCAAAUGUAUCUCAGAUAAUCAAAUACUUAGUGUCUCCUGUGGUUCCUUUUGGGGCUUAUGAUCUUAAAGGCUGAUUCCACACUGACCUGCAUCAUCGCUGGACACUGAGCUGGAUAAUCAUAACUGACAAAUAGGCUCGGAAUUGUCUGGCGUUGUUUACAUUCUUAUCUUCUUUGGUGAAAAAAAUCUUCCUAUUUGUAUUGUGAUUUCUCAAAAUUUUAAUCCCAAGGGGAAAAUAUAUCUGUUUUCAAAAAUGAGAAAGAGUGAGAUUCUUAAAUCUUUCUGUAAAUCAGUAAAUGCAUUCUUUAUGCAACAUUGAUUGAUUAAAAUGUUUCUUCUGAAUGAAUAAAAGCACUUUUGUCA